GUUAUUUGUUUUUUAAGUCGGAGACGUGCGGUUCGGUAGUCGCGGAUGUGGGAUUAACUUAAUAAACAAAAUAAUAAAUAAACAAAUAAAAUUAAUGAAUGAACAAGUUUUUCCAAUGACAUAUUAAAUGUAUUAAUAAAAAAAUAAAAAGAGAGCAACAAAUUGUGAGAAAAUCAAAGAAUAGGAAACGCAUUCAAAAUUGCGUUUCAAUUUGUGAUUGCUUCGUUUUGUGAAUUCUGAAGGAUGAAUUUGAUUUGUGCAUUGCUUACUUAAGAUUACAACAACAACAACAAAACAAAAAUAAUAUUUGCAUUUAAUUAUCAGUGCUGUGAAAAUUAUCUUGUCGUGACUAAGCAACACCUAAAGAAAGAAACAACAAACCAACCGCAAAGGCAAUUGUGCGUGUGUGCUUUUUUCUCUGUGCGUGUUUUUAAACAGCAACAGCUGGGCCGGUAUUUAGGCGCGCACACUUAUCAGCUCGGACUGCCAUCACCCACCUAACAGCAAUACCCCCAAACAACCAAUCAACCAGUCUUCGCCACAGACUUGAACAACAUGGGUCAGUUAGUCGUGAAAUUAGCUCAACCGGUAAGCAAUGUUGCCGAUAUAUUGGGUGGUCGUCGCAAACGUAAACGCAGCAUUGAUUCACUUCAAACAAACAGCGAAGAGUCCAACAGCGAAUCACAGUCCCCCAAAAAAAAGAAACUUUUGACCACAACGCAAUACAUCUAUCAGGCCCUGUUUAAGGAACAAAAGAACUCCGACAUAGCCAUUAUGGCAUUGGGUAAAGUAUGGAAUCUGCACAAAGUCUAUUUGUCGCAAAGUCCAUACUUCUAUAGCAUGUUUAAUGGUUCGUGGAAGGAAUCGUGUCAGGAUUUCGUGCAUAUUAAAAUUUUGGACGAGCGAAUAACGUUGGAUGCUUUGGAUGCUGUUUUUGGUUCCAUGUACUCCGAUGAAAUUGAAAUCGAUGCCAAGGGUGUCAUAUCUGUGCUAGCGACUGCCACACUUUUCCACUUGGAUGGCAUCAUUGACAAAUGUGCUGAGGUUAUGAUUGAAUCAAUAAAUGCUGAAACUGCCAUAAAUUACUAUGAAGCUGCCUGUCAAUAUGGCUGUCAAAAUGUCAAGAAAUCUGCCUUUGUAUGGCUGGAGAUCAAUCUCCUGUGUAUAUAUACAAAAUAUCCGAAUUUAUUACGUCAAAUUAGUAUUGAACUAAUGACAGCAUUGAUAUCUAGUCCAGAUCUAUAUGUUAUGCAGACAGAAUAUUCGCUGUAUACGCUACUGCGUAAUUGGAUUUACUUACGUUUACAUCCAAAUUAUGAUCCCGAAAAUCCUCAACAUCAGGCCCAACAGUUGGAGGAAUUAAAAUUACAGCAGCAAUCAAAUGAAUCGAAUAACACCUCAUCUUCCUCGUCACUAUCCAAUUCACCCUCGGAUCGGGCGCCCGUAACCUCAAAUGAUAUUGUACAAAACUUUUUCACCAGCCGUCGAGAAAAACGUUCAUUCCUCUCGACGCCGGAUGGUCAACAAUUUCUAAAACCUUUCCUAGCACUGCGCACACAAUAUCUUACCAAUCAUCAUAUGGAUUUGAAAAUUGUACUUAACGACAAUAUUAUACCCAAAGAAUGGCUUCACAAUCAUGUGCUGAGUAAUUGGAAUUCCAUACUCAAGGUGGAUCAUUUGCCAGAAGAGGGUCCCAAAGAUCUCAAUCCAGAUGAAUUCUUUAAAAACUGUAUGCGUUGUGGACGGAUUCUACUGGAGCCGGGCUAUCAAAAAUGGCGUUGGACGGGAUUUAAUUUUGGACUGGAUCUUAUACUCAUUGCCGACUCUCGUAUACUUAGCAUACGUAGGCAUCAUCGUAAUGAACAUGAACGCCUGUUGAGUUUACAAACUAAGCGGCAGUUUAUGAUCAGAGCUUCCGUAACAUCCAUUAACAAUCAACGCCAACCUGUCUACACACAAAAAUCCGACAUUACCUCAUUGUGUUUGGAGAAAAACGAAGAAGUCACACUUAUGGUGAUGGAUGCCAAAUUGGUGCAUCCUUUGCUGAUCUCAGUCAAUGUUCUGGUUGUACCACCAGCACCACAAACGUUCAAAGAAAAUCUAUUAAUCUGUGAUGAAUUUGCCAAUGCUUCGGUACCCAUAUCGGAAAUAGGAGCAAAUUGUGAAAGAUCCAGCACACCCACCAGCAGUGGUAUGUUGGAUGAGGGCAAUGCGGUGUGUUUGGUACCACCGUCACCACCAAAUGCUGGCCCUCUGCAUUUAUCCUCAUCAAUGGCAACUAGUCAUCGUUCAGCUUCGGCGACCUCAACAUCAUCAUCAACUGCCUCAAGUUCUUCAUUUUCGUCUACAGAUUUUCUGUAGAACUCUAGAGAGUAUUACUGCUAAGGAGGACGGGGAAAGAGAAUGCUGCAAUCUGUCUUUGUUUUUUUACUUAGAAACUACAAAAAACCGGUGCUUUGUAUUGAGAAAAUGAAUACAAAAAAGAAGCGUAAAUC